AUGAAUUUCAUUGCUAGUACAGCGAUGUUAUUUGUUGGUGCUGAAGAUACGUUUUGGUUGUUGGUGGCAGUCACUGAGAAGUACUUCAACUCCUCAUAUUUUGAUCAAUCACUUACUGGAGCUCAGGCUGAUCAGGUUACUUUUGAUCAUUAA